AUGAAUAACCUGUCAUUCAGCACUUCUUUCAAAGAAUCACCUUUGUAUCAGUUCUAUCAUGACUUUGAAGUCUAAAGGAACUUUUAUCAUUAGCGUAAGAAAGAAAUAGAGGAACUUGUCAUAUUAUUCUAAGAUAGAGUAGAAGCUGAGAAGAUAUAUGCUGCUAGAUUGUAAAAAAUAGCUUAGAACAAAUUGAAAUCUAUUACUAUUGGAAAGCUUAGCGAAGAAAUAGAUGCAUUUAAGUUAGACUGCAAGUCUAAAGCAUUUCAAGCUGAAGAGCUAGCAGAGAAUAUGUAGCAUGAUUGUAUCAGUAUGCUGAAGGAGAUCGUAAAUAGGCAAGAGGAAUUAUCGUUUAAUUAGAAAAUGGAGGGCAGAAUAUUGAUAUCUAAUUUGCAUGAUUUUGAUACACAAGUCAAGCAGAAAGCGACUGCUUAUUUUAGAGCUGCCAAAGAUGCAGAGGAAUCUGUAGUUUACUAUGAAGAGAAUGCCAAGUAUUCAAUUGAACUCAAAUAUUAGCAGAAGCAGUUUGCUUUUGAACAUAUGAUUGGAAAUCUUAAAAAGGCUAAGGAAAAGGAAAGUUAAUACAAAGAAGUCAUUGACAAUGCUAAUAGCUAUCUUCUGGAAUUUAGAACAAAGAUUGAGUCACUAUGUGAAUAAUUAAAAUAGUUUGAAAGUGAAAGAUGUGAAAAUGUGCAUUCAGCAAUUAACAAAUUCGUGGUGUAUGAGAUGUCAGCUGAAAUGAACAAUAAGUAUGAUGUGAAUAACUUCUCAAAGUUAUUAGAGGAAUACAAAAAUGAAGAGGAAUUGAUGUGCAUUUAUAAGUAUCUCUUUCCAAAUUAUGAUCCCUCACAAAUUUUGCAAACAUAAUCACAUGAAGAUGAUGCUAACAAUUAAAAUGAUAAUAGAGAAUCACCAAGCAAAAAGAAAUAUAAAUUGAAUUUGAAGUUUCAAUUCGCUCCCUAUGAAUCAAAGAAGAUAAAUGUCUUCUAAAUAUAAGGACAUUAACUGACUCCUCCCAGAGAAAAAAUAACAUAGUAUAGCAAUAACCAAGAUCUAAUGAAGUUUAUCGUGAGCCGUAUUUUUACAGAAGUAUUACUACAUGAGGAAUACUAUUUAACCUUGAACAAAUAAUUCAAGACUCAGGAAGGAAGGACCCAUUUCCUUAACAUUCUUGAGAGAAGAUUCAAUCUUGACUCAAAGGUACUACUUGGGAAGAAUAGUUUUUAAAAUUUGAAGGAAGCAUUGGAUGUGUUCUUAUUUGAGUCCAACAAGGAAAAUGACAUUGAAAACGCUGCAAGAGUAAUUAAUUACCUCGAUGUAUUUUAUCUUAAGAAUGGAGCAGUGUAAACCAAAGAAAAUCAGAACAACUAGUACUAAAUUGAAGGGGCUUAGCAAAUAUCAAAUAUGCAAAGUGGCAGUUUAAAGUUUGCAAUAAAAGACCAUUCAAUAUGGAAGGAAGAUAAAGUGUGGAAGAAGAUGAUUCAAUAGGGUUUGGAGUUUGUCAAUCUAAAGAAUAGUCUGGAAAAUGUUUAAAAUAAAGAUGAAGAAACCAAAAGAGGUGAUGAGAUUGAUCAAGAAUAAGAAACAAAUACUUUAAGAUUUUAGGUGAUCGAAAAAGUAAUUAAUGAAAUGAUAGCGUUCCAGGUACCAUCGCCAGUAGUUAAAUUAGUACUUCAGGAAAAUGAACAUGUAUUAAGAAUUCUCGAAGCAUCAUUUUAAUCCUUGCAAGAAAGAGUUCACUAAUAUAUACUGAAGAGGGAUCAGGAAGCAUAACCAGAUUAGAAAAGAAAACCCUAAGCUUAAAAAGGUAUCCCAGAUUGGCUUUAAGAACUCUAUGAUCCAUUUGAGGGAUUAAUAAGCACAUCAAGUUCUUAACAACAAUUUUCUGCAAGAGAUAGUGUUGCUAGGAAUUUAGCAAUGACUUUCAAGGAUUUAAUCAAGCCAAAGUAGUCUUUCGGUGAAUCUCCUCAAUAGUAUUCUAGCACUGAUAGGUCUACUGAUAUAAGUAAUAUUGCAAAUAAUGAAUCCUUAUGA